AUGGUACAGUUAAACAAAACGGGAAAGGUCACUCGCGCCGAAGUGAUGCUUAUGAUUCAGAUGUUAUCAAACAGUGGAAUGCUCCUUUUAAAUACAAUCGGCUUCACAUUUGUCAAAUUUCCCACUCAACUUUUCUUUGGCCCACUUACGGGAGUUUUUCUCUUAGCAUUCGAGGAAUUUAUUCAAUAUCUGUGCUUUUCUUUACUGUCCAGUCUAAUUGCCAUGUUCUGUUUUCGGAAGCAACGC